GCUUUGAAUCGAGCUUGCCUGGCUUUAAAAAUUUAAUAAAAGUAAUUUAAAAACUUUGUUUUAUUCGUUCAAUGUAGCAAAAUAACGAGAAAUGGACAGUAUUGAAAUAGUUUUGUCAGCCGAAGAGGUUAACCUACAUACCGUAGAGGAGGAAGAUCCUCAUAAAAUUUAUUUCCUAGGUGCCAAUCAUGCACCUGUAGAAGGUGUUGUCCCAUAUCCGGAAUUGCUCCAUCGAAAGUUGCGAGAAGUACCUGGAGUUGUCUCCCUAUUCAGAAUAUGUGAAGGUUUCAAAAAAUCAGGCCGCAAAACCAUUCGUGUAUAUUUUGAGUGCAUCAGAGAUGGUGUAAAAAUGAAUGCUUCAUACAAUCCAGCUCAAUUAAAAAAAGACCAAGAAUUGGUGCUAACUUGGGAAAUUAAGUGCGCAAACUGUCGUGCAGAAAUUAAUGCAUUAAGAACACCAACAGUUGCAGUUAUCCCGGAAGCUGUUCAUGAGAUUCCUCCAAUAUUUGAAAGCAAUUCAGUUGCACUCAAUGAACUGUUUGGGAAAAUUUUGGACGAAUCCAAGAAUGUGCUCACAGGUUGGUUCCGUGAAAUUGCAGCUUUAGAAAACCCUAUGGUGGGAGUAGUUGAGCGCAGAGGACAAAUUAGUGCUGAUCUUGCUACAGCAUGUCUUGAUCAAUUGCGGGUUGUUAAUGAACAUCCACGACAAGAGCAGCAAGUCUCGCCAGUACCUUUAUUGAAUGAGAUUCUUACGAAUAACCAUCUUAUUGACCAAAACCAUGAGCUUAAUGAGGGCGAUAUCACAGCUCACUUAUCAUCUCGUGGACGUGCAGCAGUUACUCGUUCGGCCCGUAGCCGUGAACAAAACCCCAGAAGCCGUAAUACACGACGUUCCCGUACUUCUCGUCGUUAAAUUAAUAGAAAUAAAACUACAAAAAAAAUAAAUUUUUUU